AGUCUCUCAGCAGAGUGAGCAAUCCACACGACCCAACUGCGCUGUUAAAUCAGCACCGUUGGAGUUGGGUUGCUUUGUACCAGAUUAUCUUUGAUUUGCUCUCUCUGCUUUGCCUAAUAUUAAUUUAGGUUAUCGUCGUUUGGGCAAAGCUGCAUUCUGCCGUGUUUGACUACAGUAGUCAGUGCAUGUGCAUUCUGUUAUUUGCAGUUUAUAUCUACCCACACAAGACGUGCCUAAUGCCGAGGAAUGGAUAGAGUGUCUGAUAAAGGUGGAAAGAUGGUCGAAAGUGAUGAACAGUCGGAGAGGGAUAGUAGCGGCGGCGCAGCGAUGGCCGCGCUACACCAAUGCGAACUCAUCCAGAACAUGAUCGAAAUCUCCAUCUCCAGUUUACAAGGGCUCCGGACCAAAUGCGCGGCGUCCAACGAUCUCACCCAGCAAGAAAUACGCACUUUAGAGGUGAAGCUGAUGAAGUACAUCUGCAAGCAGCUGCAGUGCAAGCAGAAGGUUCCGGAGACAGAGAGGCCGCAGGCUCUGGACAGCUACCCCAGACUCGGAGACUGGCUGCGCACCAUCAACCUCAGGCCAGAGCUCAUCGAGGCUGUGCCCGUGAAGCUCUCGUUGGAUGCCCUGCUCCAGAUGCCCGGUGCCCAAGUGCGGGAGACCAUGAGGAGGCUUGGGUCCAGCACGGAGGAGUGUGCCAGGCUGAGUGCCGCCCUGUCCUGCCUCAAGAGCGCCACAGAGUCCGGUGGCGAGCUGAGAGAGGACGGUGGCCCCUGGACGUCGGAGCCCACGCGGCGCGACAGCGGCUCCCUGACGCCCGUUGACCAGCUGCCCGGCCUCGGCCUUGGGGGUCCCCUGCGCCCCCACAGCCCCUCCCCGCUGGCACGGCCGUCCCCCAGCACCCCGUCCACCCCCUUCGCCCCCUUCCCCCACCCGCGGCUGGCGCCCGUGUCCGCCACCGACAUUGCCCACGGCUACGCCGAGAGCCUGACAGACCCCAGCCCGUACUACUCGGCGCGGCCCGGGCGCAUCUACGGGCACACGUCCACGCCGCCCAUCACGCCUCCGUCCAAGCGCCGCCACCGGCUCAAGCCGCCCUGCACGCCGCCGCCGCCCUCGCGGAAGGUGCUCCACCUGCUGCCCAACAUCACGCUGACCCGCAGCAAGAGCCACGAGUCCCAGCUGGGCAACCGCAUCGAGGACACGCCCACCAACAAGUGCGCCAAGAAGAACAAGCUGUUCCUGAACGUGCAGAUCAAUGGGAACGGCUGUGAGGACUCGCCCUCGCGCUCCCCGCUGCUCUCUGCCCGCACGCCCGGCGCCAUGCCCGCCACUGCCCCCUACACGCUGCCCGGCACCCCCACUCUGCUGGAGGAGCACAGCGGCCUCAAGAAUAACAUGACAGUCCACCGAAGCUCUCCUCAGACCGUCAGAAGAGACAUCGGCCUUAAUGUGACACACAGAUUCUCCACUAAAUCCUGGCUCUCCCAGACCUGCCAGGUGUGUCAAAAGAACAUGAUCUUUGGCGUGAAGUGCAAACACUGCAGGUUAAAGUGUCAUAACAAGUGUACGAAGGAGGCUCCGUCCUGUCGCAUCUCCUUCCUUCCAAUUACUAAGAUACGGAGAACGGAGUCAGUACCGUCGGACAUCAACAACCCUGUGGACCGGCCGGCCGAAGCGCCGCAGUUUGGCACCUUACCAAAGGCAAUAACCAAGAAGGACCACCCACCGGUACUGAACCAACUGGACUCCAGUAGUAACCCGUCCUCCACCACCUCGUCCACCCCCUCCUCCCCCGCCCCCUUCCAGCAGAGCAACCCCCCGAGUGCCACCCCGCCGCCCAACCCCUCGCCCAAGGGUCACCGUGACAACCGCUUCCACUUCCCAGCUGCCUGCUACUUUCAGCACAGACAGCAGUUUAUCUUCCCUGACGUGUCCAGCUCGACCACGCUGCAUUCUGAAAGUGGCCUUCCAGACACAGUUAAUGAGAACGAGCCAUGUGCAGAGGAUCUACGGGCCGAGCUGGCUGAGGAUGAGGAUGGAGAGGAGGAAGAGGAAGAGGAAGAGGAGGAGAUUGAGGCCGAGGGGGACGAAGAAGUCGUAGAGGAAGAAGAGGAAGAGGAUGUGGAGGAGGAGGACGAGGAGCAGGCCGAGGAGGAGUACGAGGAGGAGGAAGAGGAGGUCCACAUGGGCUCGGACGGGGAGUGCGAUGGGGACGAGCUGGACGACCUCCCGAGCGCGCGGGGCAGCGGCGGCAGUGGUCACUGGAAGGGCCCCAUCUCCCGCAAGGCCAGCCAGACCAGCGUGUACCUGCAGGAGUGGGACAUCCCAUUCGAGCAGCUGGACCUGGGCGAGCUGAUCGGCAAGGGCCGGUGGGGCCGCGUCCACCGCGGCCGCUGGCACGGAGAGGUGGCCAUCCGUCUUCUGGAGAUUGACGGCAACAACCAGGACCACCUCAAGCUCUUCAAGAAGGAAGUCAUGAACUACCGGCAGACACGCCACGAGAACGUUGUGCUUUUCAUGGGCGCCUGCAUGGCCCCGCCCCACCUGGCCAUCAUCACAAGUUUCUGCAAAGGCCGGACUUUGUACUCUGUCGUGAGGGACACCAAGAACAAUCUGGAUAUUAACAAGACCAGGCAAAUCGCUCAAGAGAUUGUAAAGGGCAUGGGCUACCUUCACGCCAAAGGCAUUGUUCACAAGGAUCUGAAAUCUAAGAAUGUCUUUCACGACACCAACAAGGUGGUGAUCACAGACUUUGGCCUUUUCGGGAUCUCUGGAGUGGUCCAAGAAGGACGGCGUGAGAAUGAGCUGAAGUUGCCACACGGGUGGAUCUGUUACUUGGCCCCCGAGAUCGUCCGCAAGAUGAGCCCGGGCAACAACGAGGACAGACUGCCCUUCUCCAACGCUGCUGACGUCUACGCCUUUGGGACCAUAUGGUACGAGCUGCAGGCCCGAGACUGGCCCAUCACCAACCAGCCCGUGGAGGCUACCAUCUGGCAGGUGGGCAGUGGGGAGGGCAUCAAGAAGGUGCUGGCCGAGACCAGCCUGGGCAAGGAGGUCACGGAGAUCCUGUGCACGUGCUGGGCGUACGACCUGCGGGAGCGGCCCACCUUCGCCCAGCUGGCGGACAUGCUGGAGAAGCUGCCCAAGCUCAACAGGAGGCUCUCCCACCCCGGACACUUCUGGAAGUCCGCUGAGUUGUAGCUGUUGAUACGAAAUCUUAAGCAAUGCAAAACAACUAAAGCCUGGGUCUGCCUUGCAUGCAUCCUGAAAUCCUUAACUUUCGGAUUAAAAGACUAAAUAAAUGAAUAAACUAAAGCAAAGCCAAGCGUUGACUCUGCCUGAUACAGAUUCUGCUUCCACUAAUCCAAGACUGAUCUUCCUCCUCCUCCUCCUCCUCCUCCUCCUCGUCUUUUCCGUCGGUAUUCCUCUGUGGGCGGGAGCGGAGAAUCUCUCACAGGAAGGGGAGGAGCUUAACGGACUGCACAUUUCCUGCUUCUGACCCAUCUAAAACUCUUGCCUUUAUGUGUUUUUGUUUCCCUUUCUGUUUAUUUUCUUUCUUGGAAGAAAUGAGUCUGUGGUUCUCCUCUCUGGCUUGUGGUGUGCUUAGUGAAAUGGACGUGUGUGAUAUUGGUGUGAUGGCAACUCAAUCCCCCACCCCACACACACACACACACACACCCUCACACCCUCACCCACGCUGCUGUGACGUGUUUCUUGCUGACAAAACUGGGGACUGGUGUUGGACUUUCAUUAAAAAAUAAAUAAAAAAAGAAAAAAAUAAACACAGCCAGUCACCAUGGUACUGCCGGACCCGCCAGUGACUGUCCACCAAUGGAUUUUCCAGUGGUGCAUCUGUGGUGUCUCUUGUCUAUGCCUGAAGCGGCAUAUCCAAUCACUCUCUCUCUUCCUCUAUCCCUCUCUCUUUCUAUCCCUUUAUUGGGACAGAAAGCUCUGUUCCUUCUCCUCCCAUGUUUUGUAUAUCAGGUGCCAGAGCUUCAGAACCUGGGCGCUUCAAUUUACAGAUGAAAAGACAGCUCUCUCAUGUCUGUUUGUUUAUUUGUUUGUUUUGUUGCUGUUGUUGUUGUUGUUGUUGUGGUGGUGGCGUCCCAUGUACUGUGUGUUUCACCAGUGUUUGCGUGGACUCACAGUGGACAGUGAACCAUAGGAACAGCUGCACUAGCUUUCAAUGGAGGCCAACGUGAGACAAUUAAGUCCUGACAGUGGACUACAGUGACGGAAACCAUGGAAACCAUAUCACAGAUGGACACACAGAAUGUCAAUGCGCUGUCGCUCUCCUGCAAUUUCAUAUGGCCCACUAACAAGUGUGACGCUGAGGAUGCGAACCAACCAACUAAUAAACAAGCUAACAAACAAACAAGCCAAAGGGAGAAGCAUAAGUCUUCUCGAAUCUUUGAGUGAUUUUAGACUUAACACUAUGUAGUUUAUGCGUUCCGAGUAGAGUUCCUUUGCACCACUGGGGGAAAAAAGAGAACUGCAGCAGCAAUCUAGCAUGUUAGUGUCUCCUUAUUAGUUUUGAUAAACAUUACCUCUGGUGUGCGCCUGUAUGUCUGUGUUUUGUGUUCUCAUUUGCCGGUGUGCAUGUACUGUAAUGUGUGUGUGUGUGUGUGUAUGUGUGUGUGUGAGUGUGGGUGAGUGAGUGAGUGAGUAUAUUGUGUCUGAAAAUGUAGGUGUUAUUUCUGUGAACGACUGAAGUCAUUCUGGUAUGAAAAAACAUAGGUGACGUGUAAUAUACACACAUAAAUAACUACUCACUGUACAGCUAAUACACAUGCUGUAAUUAUUGUAAUAUUUGUACAUUUUAUAUAUAUUGUACAUCAUAACAUUUUUGAAUAGGUACGGCUCCCCUGUUCCAAAUGUACAUAAAUCUUUAUAUUUUUUCAUGUAUAAAAUGCUGUAAGAAAUAAAUUGUACAUUUUUUAGAAUGGGUCAAUACAUGUUAUGUCAUGUAAAAUUCAUAUUUUUGUAUUGCAUGUGGCUGCCAUUCUGUACACACGUUCUGUUUUCAUCUUUGAGAGAUAAUAAACAAUGCUUGUCAUGUGA